UGAUUGUUGAACUGUAAUAAUGGUCCAGAURGAAGAAGCCAACAUGUCCUGCCUGAACAUCCUGACCCAGCACAGAGAGCUGCUGGUCUCCAGCCUCAGGAGCAUUCAGUGUCUCCUGGACAACCUGCUGGCGUGUGGUUUCUUCUGUCAGGAGGACGUUGAGAUUGUCCAACGAACCGCCACCAAACCAAGCCAGGUGCGCAAAAUCCUGGAGUUGGUUCAGUGCAAAGGAGAAGAAGCCUGUGACUAUUUGAUUUUUAUAAUUUAUAAAGUGCGUGACGCCUAUAUUGACCUCCAGCCAUGGCUUAGAGGGAUUGCUUACAGACCAAGCAGCAAUGUAGCAGAGAUUAAAGUAGUUAACACAGAUCCAAUCAGUAGGUUCUGUGAGAAGCUGCGAGACGAGAUGAGCCGAGACACCAGCUUCAUCAUGUCGUACAGUCAGCAAGAUGAGACCCGGUUAGAGGAUCUGUACACGGACACCGUGAUGGAACUGUUGAAUGACUGCAAUGAAAGCCUUGGUUUUAUUGACUCUUUGAACCAGUUCCUGGGGGAUGAGGGGGUUUUCAAUCCUCAAGGUGAGAUCAUCUAUGUGAUGGGAGAUGCUGGUGUGGGGAAGUCUAUCCUUCUGCAGAAGCUGCAGAACCUCUGGUCCAAAAAGGAGCUGCAGACAGAUGCUAUCUUUUUUUUCAAGUUCCGCUGCAGGAUGUUCAGCGUCUUUAAAGAARCAGAGCAGAUAUCCCUCAGGGAUCUUUUGUUCAAGUACAACUGCUACCCGGAUCACGAUCCCGACAAUGAAGUCUUCKAUUACAUCCUGCGCUUUCCGGAGAAGGUUGUUUUGACUUUUGAUGGUUAUGAUGAGAUUCAGGAGGUUGUAGACCAGAUGAAUKUUCCUGAGAUGGUGUCUCCAGAGGACAAGGCUAACCCCCUUCAGCUGCUCAACAGCUUGCUCUCUGGGAAACUACUCAAGGGCUCCAAGAAGGUGCUCACGACUCGAACAGGGGAUGAAAUGCAAAGUCGGGUGAUCAAAAAGAAGGUGAUGUUACGAGGGUUUUCCCCAGACCACCAAAAGUCGUACAUACAACUGCACUUCAAGGAACAGGAGCAUCGGGAGCUGGUGUCAGUUCAGCUGGAUGCCAGCCCUCACCUCUGUGGCYUGUGUUCCACUCCGUUGUUCUGCUGGAUUGUAUUCAAGAGCUUUAGUCACCUGCACACGGUGCAUGAUAGUUUCCAACUGCCUGAAACCUGCAUCACACUUACUGACAUCUUUCUCCUGCUGUCCGAGGUCUUCCUCAGCCGCUCAGCGUCCCCUGCUCCUUCCCUGCUGAAGAAAAGCACCCGCUGCACCUCGGAGACUUUCCGAGCUGGGCUCAGGCCUCUUGCUGCCUUUGCUAAGCUGGCCCUGCAAGGUUUGAAGGAGGGUAGUUUCCUCUGCAGCCAAACAGAAAUCAGUGAGUCUGGUCUUACGGAGGAGGACAUGGCCAUGGGUUUUCUCAGACCUGUCAGGGACUGUAACACCAGUGGAGAACCYGCUACCUUCGAAUUCAUCCACACCACCCUCCAGUCUUUCUUGGCUGCGUUUGCUCUGGUGUUGGAUGAGGAGGCCCCGCCCACUUCCAUCCUCAGGUUCUUCACAGAAUGCAGCAGAAAUAGACCACAGCCUUGUCUGCCUUUGGCUUGGUGUGUCAGCAAGUCUGUCAAUUCCGGUGAAAAUAGGCCAGUUGCAACAAACCAGCGCCUUCAGUUUACAAAUCUGUUCUUGUCUGGACUGCUGUCGAAAAACAACACAAGUCUGAUGGGACAUCUAGUACCUCUUGCUUUACUAAAGAAGAAGCGAGCCUUGUUGAAGUCUUAUCUGUCCAACAGCGUCAAGUCCCACCUGCAGAGCUUACCCAUCUUUCAAGGUAACGAAGGCAAAAAAGUUCAUGUUUUGCCMAACUUUCUUUGGAUAUUAAGAURCAUCUUUGAGACAGGAAGCAAAGACAUCGCUAAGAUGACAGCUAAGGGCAUCACAGCGGGUUUCAUCAAGCUGGGGUACUGUAACGUGUCCUCAGGGGACUGCACCGCCAUAAACUUUGUGCUGCAGCACCGUCAGAAGCUGCUGGGUCUUGACAUGGAUAACAACAUCAUCAGUGAUUACGGCGUGAAGCAGCUCCGGCCUUCGUUUUGCAUGAUGACGGUUGUGAGGUUGUGUGUCAACAACCUGUCCGACAGCAGCAUCGAGGUUCUAGCAGAGGAGCUGUGCAAACACAAGGUGGUGAAGGUUCUGGGGCUUUACGACAACAACAUCACUGAUACUGGAGCCAAGCUGGUUGCUAAGAUUAUUGAAGAAUGUCCCAAGCUGGAAGUUGUCAAGAUUGGUAAAAACAAAAUCACAGAGGUUGGUGGAAGGUUUUUGGCCAGCGCAGUUCAGAAAAGCACUUCUAUAUUUGAUGUGGGGAUGUGGGGGAACAGCAUCGGUGAUGAGGGAGCAGAAGCUUUUGCUGAAGCUUUGAAGAACCACCCGAGGCUCACCAACCUCAGUCUGUCAGCCAAUGGCAUCACUUCAAAUGGAGGGAAGUUCCUGGCAAAAGCACUGCUUCAGAACAGCGUCCUGAGGAUAUUCUGGUUGGUGCAGAAUGAGUUGGCUGAUGAUGCAGCUCCACAGCUGGCAGAGUUGGUCCGAGCAGACACUGGUCUGAGUCACCUUUGGUUAAUUAACAACAGGUUCACUGCAGCUGGGAUCAGAACCCUGGCUGCUGCUCUGGAUCACAACUCUAAGCUCAAAGAGAUCUGUGUGAAAGGAAACCUGCUCUCUGAAGAGGAACACCAAGAGUUUCUGCYACAAAAACGUCUACGGUUCCACUGACCCACAACCAACAUCUUUUGUGUACUAGUGUGUAUUGCYGUGWACCUGCUGUGUACCUGCUGUGUGCUCAGGUUCUUCKUGGAUCUGUUGGGUUUUAUUUGAUUCUGAUCAGAUUUUUUAUAAUUGUUGCUGCUAAAUAAACCUGAUUUUCUGCUGCUCUAGCAGCUCAUUAUAUGUAAAAAGUUACAUAAUAUUUCAACACAGUUGCAUGUUAUAUGUGCACAGUUGAAUCAUAUUUGUACACAGUUACAUGAUAUUUGUACAUAAUUAUUAUUCAUAUAAAUGUGACGGAGAAGAUCUUUUCUCUGGACUGUUUCUAUUUUUACUGAAUGUUUCACUGGAAUUUUCACUAAAUGCGUGUCUGACAUGAAAACAGGAAGUGGUGCAGGAAGAGAAACAUGUUGACACUAUUUUAUUUUGUACCAGACUUGGUGUUAAAGUAGUUACUUAUUGUCUGUUCCCAGGUUACAGCAGGGGGUAUUUAAGAAAAGUGUAAAAGUAAAAAAGACAACAUUAAUGCAAUUAUUCAUUUAAAUAUAUCAUUACUGAAUGAUACUUACUGAACUCAACUCAUGUUUGAUAUUCAGCUGUUGUUUAGCUAAAAUUAAAAGUACUUUAUUCAUUGUA